CUGGUUAGUGCCUGGAUGGUGCCUUUCACCAGCAGGAUACCAAGCCGGAAGGUGCCAUCUCUGUUCUCGAGCAGAACCCCUCUGCCAAGACUGGCAAGCAUAGCAGGAACAACACUUAGCCCCACUGCCCUUUCCUCGAGGGAAAGACCGGAUCUCCCGUGCCCAGUCAGGGGAUGCUCUUCCCCGAACGUCCCACCAGUGCACCUCGCCAGGCAGCACAGCCCCAUCUAUGCAAACCUACGCAAAUAUGCUCAAUGCACGCAAAUCUAUGAAAGCUCUCGGGGCCGUCUCGGGCGGGGCAGCCCGCCCCGGAGCGCCGGUGCCGCCCCCGGUAUAAGGCGGUGGCGGCGCGGCCGUCCCGGCGUGCGGAGCUGCUGCAGUCCGGGGACAGGCAGGUCGUGCGGCAGCGGCGGCAUCAUGCGUGAGUGCAUCUCCAUCCACGUCGGCCAGGCUGGUGUCCAGAUGGGCAACACCUGCUGGGAGCUGUACUGCCUGGAGCACGGCAUCCAGCCCGACGGGCAGAUGCCCAGUGACAAAACCAUUGGCGGAGGCGAUGAUUCCUUCACCACCUUCUUCUGUGAGACUGGGGCUGGGAAGCACGUCCCACGGGCCAUCUUUGUGGACCUGGAGCCCACCGUGAUUGAUGAGGUUCGGGGAGGUGUCUACCGCCAGCUCUUUCACCCCGAGCAGCUAAUUACUGGCAAGGAGGAUGCUGCUAACAACUACGCCCGAGGGCACUACACCAUCGGCAAAGAGAUCAUUGAUCAAGUGCUGGACAGGAUUCGUAAGCUGGCUGACCAGUGCACAGGCCUCCAGGGAUUCCUUGUGUUUCACAGUUUUGGAGGUGGCACGGGCUCUGGAUUCACCUCCCUGUUGAUGGAGCGACUCUCUGUGGAUUAUGGCAAGAAGUCCAAGCUGGAAUUCUCAAUCUAUCCAGCACCACAAGUCUCCACUGCUGUGGUAGAGCCCUAUAACUCCAUUCUCACCACCCACACUACACUGGAGCACUCGGACUGUGCUUUCAUGGUGGACAACGAGGCCAUCUAUGACAUCUGCCGCCGGAACCUGGACAUCGAGCGCCCAACCUACACCAACUUGAACAGACUCAUCAGUCAGGUUGUCUCAUCCAUCACAGCAUCACUGCGGUUUGACGGAGCCCUGAAUGUGGAUCUGACCGAGUUCCAGACCAACCUGGUCCCCUACCCUCGCAUUCACUUCCCCCUGGCCACCUAUGCCCCUGUGGUUUCUGCUGAGAGAGCUUAUCAUGAGCAGCUGUCGGUAGCCGAGAUCACCAACUCCUGCUUUGAGCCGGCUAACCAGAUGGUGAAGUGUGACCCUCGCCAUGGCAAGUACAUGGCCUGCUGCCUGCUGUACCGUGGGGACGUGGUGCCCAAGGACGUCAACGCUGCCAUCGCCACCAUCAAGACCAAACGCAGCAUCCAGUUUGUGGACUGGUGCCCCACGGGCUUCAAGGUGGGCAUCAACUACCAGCCCCCCACGGUGGUGCCCGGGGGGGACCUGGCCAAGGUGCAGCGCGCCGUCUGCAUGCUGAGCAACACCACGGCCAUUGCCGAGGCCUGGGCUCGCCUGGACCACAAGUUUGACCUGAUGUACGCCAAGCGCGCCUUCGUGCACUGGUACGUGGGUGAGGGCAUGGAGGAAGGGGAGUUCUCCGAGGCACGGGAAGACAUGGCCGCUCUGGAGAAGGAUUACGAGGAAGUGGGCCUGGACUCCUAUGAGGACGAAGAAGAGGGUGAGGAGUAGAGAACCUCAGCCUAAAAAGGACCAAGCUCCUUCCCCGUGUUACCUGCAAACCCUUUGCAAUAAACGGUUUCAGAUCCUCUGUGUCUCCCAGUAUCCCCCCAGCUGUAUCAGUUUAUUGCCAGGUCAGGUGUGUGGUGACAGCUUCAGCCCUGCUACUGGUGCUGCUAUGCUUCCUCCCAGUGCUCUGCUCCAGCUCCAGCUUGCUACCUGUGCAGGUAAGAGCCCUGGGGUCUAGUCCCUGGUGCUGUGGCACAUAUCCCACCCCACUCGUUGCUCCAGCCAGGGGUGGGUACCGCUUCCUCGUGUGAUAUAUGGCCCUGUGUUGUAUCCUGGAGCUCAGGAGAGCAGAUUUAGUCUGAGCAAGAAAAGAAUAGCAGCUCUUGGGUCUUCUCCUCAGGUGCAGCCCAAGGGUAGGUGGGCUGGCCUGGAAAGACAGUUGUGGAGGCAGUGGGAGCAAUCUGGCAUCCCUGCCCCUGUGGUGACCAUACAGGGCAAGGGGUAUGCCUGGCUCUCUGGUGCAGAGGGUGCACCCUGCAAUGGCACCCAGCACGGCACAAACCCCUGUGGCUGCUCUUCUGCUGUGUGAGGUGAGAGGAUUAAAAGAGGGAAAUGCUCCCUGUGAAA